AUGGAGGAAAAUCAAGCUUUUUCCAAAAGUCAAUAUGCAAACGAGUUAGGUUUCUCCGAUUUCAUCAAAUAUGUUGAGAAGCUUAUCGAUUUUCAAUGCAAGCAUGUGUAUUAUUGUAUACCUGAAGUGAGAUUGAGUGAGGGGCUCCAAACACUACAAAAUGAAUGUGACUACUCUGAGUUUCUUGAGAAAGAAGAACCAGACGAUGAAGACCUUGUGUAUUCAGAAGAAGAUGUCGACUCUAUUUUGGCAUAUGAUGAGAACUGUGAACAUGAAGAGUAUGAAUAUGUUACAUCAAGCAAAAUAAUCUUCAAAAGAACCUAUAAUGAUAAGUUUUUGAACAAGUUAUUUCCAGUAGUUAUUGAAGAUGAAGAUGAAAAAGGCAUUCAACUUUCAGUUGUCUACCCUAGGCAUGAUGCUACUCAGGAAUGGAGGAAGAUGAAGCUUGAACUAGGUAUGAGAUUCUCUUCUCCUGCUGAACUUAAGUCAUCUGUCAGUAACUAUGCAGUUGCACAUGGAUAUGACUUGUAUUAUGAGAAGAAUGACAAGGAUAGGUUGCUUGUAAAGUGUUGUAAAGGAAAACGACCACAAUGCCCUUUUAGAGUAUAG